GGACACAGCACUGGCCACCGCCACCCCAACAGGUGAGUGCGAUGCGGGGAGCAGGGUGGUGGGACCCCAAUCAGCCCUAACAGCCCCUGGGUAUUCAGCCUUGCUGCACCAAGCGGCACCCAUGGGUGCUCAUCCUCUGCAGCAUCUCCAUCCUCCCCCCUGGGACUUCAGGGUGCCUGUCCUUGCUGCACCGAAACCCAGCCCCAUGCAGCAGCCUGGGGUACUCAUCCCCUCCAUCACCUCCAUUCCCAAUCCCAGCCCCAAACAGCACCCAUAGGUGCUUACACUCCCUGGCAUCUGCAUUCCCAAAUGUGACCCUGCAGUGUCCAUCCUUGCUGCACCCAAGCCAGCACCCAUGGGUGCCUGUCCUAUCCAGCAUCUCCAUCCCCAAAGCCAGUCCAAGUGGCACCUUGGGGUACCCCUCCUUGCUACACCCAAUUCAACCCCAAACAGCACCCAUGGGUGAUCAUUCCCUCCAACAUCUCCAUCCUCAAGACAAGCCUAAGAGGCACCUUGGGGUACUGCUCCUUGCAGACCCAAGCCCACACCAAACAGCACCAAUAGGUGCUCAUCUCCCUGUCACCUUCAUCCCCAGAUGGGACUGUAGGGUGCCCAUCCUUACUGCACCCAAUCUAGCACCCAUGGGUGCUCAUCCCCUGCAGCACCUCCAUUUUCAUAUAAAAACGUGGAGUACCCAUCCUUGCAGACCCAAACCAGCCCCAUGCAGCAUCCACAGAUGCUCAUCCCUUGGGCACCUCCAUCCGCAGUCCCAAACACCACUCAGGAGGUUCUCAUCCCUGCUGACCCAGCACAGUUCUGGGCACUGGGGGGCUACCAGACUCACUCCCCUAUUACCUCCCCAUUACUUCCCGUUACCCCGCAGCCCUGCUUGGUGCCAUGGCUCCUGGUGGCUGCCUGCUGCUGGCCCUUCUGCUGCUCGCAGGCACUGCACAGGGCCAGCACUGGUCCCACGGAUGGUACCCGGGGGGCAAGAGGGACCUCAGCGCCCCACAGGUCCCCGCCGCGCCCCGACCCUGUCCGACCCCGCCGUGCCGCCCGCUCCCGCCAAUGCCCUCAACCCUCCGGGCCGUAUUGUGGCGCCCUCUGGAGGCCGCCCUGCGCCAACCGCACUGAGCGGCUCCGCGCCGCACUACAAUUCCCAUCGUGCCUCGCUCCGCGCUCUCCUUUCAUUGGUCUGCGACUCCCGCCUUGUUUACGUCACAUCCGGCCUGCUGCUGGCCGCCAUGUUGGCGGCGCUGAGGUGUUGCGGGCCGCGCUCCUUCCCCGCUGCUUUCUACGAGGCCAUUCCUGCUUGGAGCCCGUGGUUGGUGCCAUCUCGGGGCCGAAAAUCGCGGUACGAUCCCCCCGCCAAGUCCAAAGCGUCGCGGCUGAAAGUGCCGCCUCCCGUCGACCCCGCCGAGCUCUAUGUGGUCACCGAGCGGUACCGGCAGCACCGUCUGGUGCUCAGCGCCCUCCGCUCCAUCUUCAGGUCCGAGGUGGUGCAGAGGAAGCGUGAGGCGCAACGGGAUGCAGAGGACUCAGCAGCACUAUCAGAGGAGCACCGUCUGCUGAUGGCCUGGAAUGAUGCUGAGAAUGCACGGCAGCGGGCACGCAGAGAAGAAAGAAUUAGGAAAGAGGAGGAAGAACGGAAGAUGCAGAAGCUGCAGGCUGCAGAGAACAAAGCCAAACUGAUGGAGGCCUUUCUGAAGGAGAAAGAGAAAGAGGUUCUGCAGCUGCAGGAGGAAGCAAAAACCUUCAUCACCCCUGAGAACCUGGAGGCUCGGAUUGAAGAGUGCCUGGACAACCCUCGCAACUACAACUUCGCCAUUGACAAAGAGGGACGCAUUGUUAAGCGCACUGCACUGUCCUAGCAGCUCUGUCUCAUGGCUGAAGGGGAUGUGCUGGCCUGGCCUCUGUCUAGAGGCUGGGGUUCUUCCUUUUAAUGCACAAAUCAGCUGUAGAAUUGAUGAACAAACAGCCUGCUUCCUGUGCUGCUGUUGCAGAGGUAGGGGGGAAGGAGGGAAAUGGCAUUAUUUUGAGGUGCAGAGCAGCACUUUGCCUCAGUCCUGCAGUGAGGAGAAGGAGGAGCUGCUGGUGUUCUGCUUUCCCUUUGCUCUGAGCAGUGCUCUGCAGUUCCACCUACCUCUGGUUGGAUCCCUGCUGCUUUCAGCUUGGAGGUGAGGUGAAGCAACGCAGACUCCAAGGCGGAUCCUCAGUGGUUUUGCACUAGAGGAAUCUCAUCCCUUUGUCUCCUACACUAAGCUAAAACACCUCGAUCUCUGGUCACCCUCUGUCUUUGGCCUUCUGGUUUGUUUUUCUGCACUCAAUUGGUCUUAAAUACACGUGAGAAAAAGUCACACCUGUCACAAGUGAGGCUGUACCUGGGCCUUUGUAACACAUUGCAGGGAGAUUGUAUCUUGACUGGUCUUGUACCUUUACCUCUGUGGAACCCCGUGACUACAUCUGCUUCUGGCAUAAGCCCAUCAUGGCCUUGUGUGCCAGUGGCCCCAGCACUGUUUGUGUUUCAGCCCCUCUGGAUGCCUUUGGUGGAAAACAAGGUCUGGAUUGUUUUGUAGAAAACACAGACGCUGUGUUUUUUGUUGUUAGGUGAAAUAAAUCAUUGUUUCUGCGUUUUCUGCUAUGGUGGAA